AUCAAUCCCCAGCAAAAUGUGAUCUCUUCCUCUAUUUAUAAGGAAGUGCUUUUGUGGGGCAGUGAGUUAUUGUAUUCAACAGGGGAAUAUUCUCCUGCAUUUACUGUGAAGUUCAUCAACGGCACCAUUCGAAAACAUAGGAACAGUUAAAUGAAAGCAUCCAUCGUGACAAGUGGGGAGUAUUCCAUCACAUUCCCAAAUUGUGCCUGGUAGUUGCUGUGCAGGAUUUGGAAGUCCGGGGUGCUAUCAAAACCAUGCAGGGCUACUUGGCGUUAACAGUGUAUCUCUACACACAAAUCAGUGUAUGUUUAAGGACUGUGGAUUGUCUGAUUGGGAAAGCUGCCUACAUUAUCCCUGAGUCACCAGUAAUAGCGCUCGGUUCACAACUAACAGCAUCCUGCAUUCUUAAUGAUUCCUUCAUAAAAGAAAAUAAAGUUGAUGCAAAUCAGAUAUUCUGGAAUUUGAAGGGAAUGAGAAUAUCAGAGGACAAUUAUCACACAGUCAAUAGUACUGUAUCAAACGUAACGCUGAGACUUUACAGUGUUGGAAAUUCACUUCUCACUUGCAACGUGCAACUCAAUGAGGAUCAAGUAUUAACUGUCUUCGGUAUACAGAUUACAACAGGAUUGCCACCAGAAAAGCCAAAAAACUUGUCAUGUAUUACCUAUGAUAGGAAAAAUAUGACUUGCUCCUGGAAUCCUGGAAACAAUACAUACUUACCCACCAGCUACCAGUUUAAAGUAUUAAUUGCACCUAACAAUUUAAAGUCAUAUCCACUGCCAGAAGGUGUGAACAACUCUUAUGCCGUUUUGUUUCCAAGUAUCCAUUAUUUCGUUUUCAAUACGAUCUGGGUCGAGGUGAAGAAUGACUUGGGUAAUGCAACAUCUGAUUCACUACAACUGGAUCCGGUUGAUGUUAUAAAACCUGAUCCUCCAGUGAUAACUUCAAUACAACAAAUUAAAAACAUGAGCACAGUCUUGUCUGUGAAGUGGAAAAAGCCAUCUGUACCAGCUACGUAUAACCUCAAGUAUAUCCUGCGAUAUAAAAUUGUUGGUUCUCCGGAAUGGAUGCAGGUUCCCCCUGAGGAUACAGACACCCAAAAGGAAUCUUUCUUGAUUCAAGAACUGAAACCUUUCACUGACUACGUCUUCACAAUUCGCUGCAAGAGAAAUGAUGAGACAGGAUACUGGAGUGACUGGAGUUUAGAGAAAAUUGGAAAAACACCUGAAGCCAAGCCAUUACGAGGUCCACCAAUUUGGAGAACAGUUGAAAAUCUGGAUUUUUCAAAGAGAAAGAUCCAUAUCAUGUGGAAGGAAUUAGAAAAGUCAGAUGCUAAUGGGGUUAUCUUGAAGUACAAGAUGAUAAUUAAGAAGAGUUCUAUGAACACCAAAACCAUUGAAACAACAAAACUGGGAUGGAAUAUUACAGUUUCAGAUGGGGAAUACGAAGUUACACUUAGUGCCAGCAAUUCAGCUGGUGACUCUCCCACUGAAAUUUUAAUACUGCCUGCAGUAACAGAAUCAGCAUUCCUGCCUGUACAAAAUGUCAGUGCCUACCCUCAAGAUGGUCAGUUGAUGGUGGAGUGGAAGCCUUCUAGUUCUGCAGUGAGUGGCUAUGUGAUAGAAUGGUGUGAAGAGUCCAUCAAGAAUUUAUGCCCUGGACCUCUAUUCUGGCAAACUGUGCAAAAAACUGCAAGGAAGGUUUUUAUAAAAGAUAAUAUAAUGCCAUUCAAGCGCUACAGGAUAACUAUAUACCCGAUGUAUCAGGGUCGACCAGGAGCUCCGCUUUCAAAACUGGCAUAUCUGCAGCAGGAUCGUCCAGCAAGUGGUCCUUUAGUUCGUCUGAAAAAUGUGGGGAAAAAAGAUGUCACAUUGAUGUGGAGUGAAAUUCCUGUAAAUGAACAGCGUGGUUUUAUCACACAUUACACCAUAUUUUACAGGAAUUGCAUUGCAAAUGAAACAAGUCCAAGUAUUGUUGUUGAUGCAAUGUGUCGAGAGCAUGAGCUGACUUCAUUAAAAGGCAAUACUUUGUAUGGUGUACGUGUCAUGGCGUCAACAGUGAAAGGAGGCACAAAUAGUUCUGAAGUUAAUUUCACCACUUUAAGUUAUGCAAAAGGAGAAAUUGAAGCAAUUGUAGUGCCUAUUUGCCUGAGUUUUCUUUUGAUCACUGUGGUGACUAUACUUUUCUGCUUCAACAAGAGACAUCUGAUUAAAAAAUACAUUUGGCCUAAUGUUCCAGAUCCUGCAAAUAGUAGGGUUGUCGAAUGGUCACCUAGCACUGGAAAUCUCAUUCAGAACAACCUAGGACCAAAGGAAUCUAUGAAUUCAGAUGGCUUUAUAUCUGAUGUUACAAUUGUUGAAGCUGAUGUUGAUGAGGAGAAAUAUCUAUCUAAUGAAGAUGAAAUCAAGCAAUUGACAUCGUUAAAGAAGGAGAAGAGUACAUCAGAAGAGCACAGCAGUGGCAUUGGAGGCUCUUCGUGCAUGUCAUCCCCUCGACAAAGUGUUUCGGAUAGUGAUAGUGAGUCUGCACAGAAUACUACAAGCACAGUCCAGUAUUCAACUGUAUUAGUGAGCAGCCCUGGUUACAGGUGUCAGCAACCAUCAGCACAGGCUUUUACAAGAUCAGAAUCAACGCAGCCUUUAUUAGAAAAUGAAGAAAAGGCUGAUGAACAUACAUAUGGAAAUUUUGGAAGCUGCAGUUCAGAAGUAAAAAGACUGUAUUUUAAACAGCAUGCCAGGAUUGAGGAGACAAAUUUGAAUGAGCCACAUCCAAAUGGAGCAGAAAUCUUGGGUGAUACAAAUGAAGACAAUUCACUCAGACUAAAUCAAAUGGAAGUUUCAGAUCAGACUUCAGACUUGGAGGGAUUCUGUCCAGCAGUGGACUCGUUCCAAAGCAGUAAUAAUCAAACUGUGGUCAAACUGGAGUUUUUAGGAUUUAGAGCAGGUCUGGAAACCGAUCAGCAAAGUUAUAUGCCUCAGGCUGUGAAACAUAACAGUUAUAUGCCUCAGUCAAAAUAGAAAUGUACCCUUUUUUCCUGGUGUUUAUGCUAAAACAGCUUUUAUUUCACAAGCGACUUAUCAAAGUUAUGAACUGCUGUUUAGUGUUUGCAACCAUCCUAAGUAGACCUAAAGAAGCACGUGUACUGUGAACAUCCGUGGUAAUAUCAUGGCUUCCUCAGAAAAUUGUAUCAAAAUACUGCUGUAAAUAUUUUGUUUGCAAAGUUGUUGAUAGCAGUUUUUGAGAAUAAUUUGCGUUGUUAUCUACUUCUAUAUCCACUCAGAUGUUAAACUUGUGCACAGAAAUAAAGCAGUCAUUCUUGUACUUAUAAGACACCCAUAUAGCAAAGGGUAACAAACAGCUGACUGGUUUAUGCCUUUAUAGGCCGGGGAGGGAGGUGCAUAAAAUUAAUCUAAUGUAGACUUAAAACAAUACUGCAUACCAUGUUGGAUUUUGAUUACAUUAUUCCAGGAUUAGGUUAGAUGAGUGUUGGAUUUUUUUUUAAAUUCCCCUGACUGUUAAUAAUUUGCCAGCACAUUCUCUCAGUAUUGUAAUGCAAUGUAUUUGACUUUGACAUUUUUAAUUUUAUAAUUAUAACUAUUAUGAAGUCACUAUAUUGACUUUCUUUAAAUGAGAGUGCUGCAGUGUUUAAUGAGUUCAUAAUUCCUAAUUCUGUUAUAUCUGAUUCCAAAUAAUUCUUCUAAAUAGUUUUGAAACUUUUUUUAAAAAAGGAACAACUUGACUUAGAAGGCACAAAAUGAAUUUGAUUGCUGUUGUCAUAAUAGGCUUUAAUAAUGAUGAAUAUGAUGUACCCAUCUUGAUAUCCAUUUCCCUUAACCAUAUUUAGGAGCAUUGUUAUAAUCUUAAUAUGAUUAUUUUUAUUUGAAAAAUAAAACUCAUUAAAAUAACUAUCAAUCUAUAUGUUAGCACCUGUGAAUUUUAGAGGGGGAAAAAGCACUACUUUUUUUGACCAGGUAAUGAGUAAGGGGAAAAUAUUAAAUUUACACUACUACAGCUGUAUACCUUAAAACCUAUUUUUCUAAUUUGUAUAGUGUUAAAUGUAUCCAUCUCACUUAUUUGGGGAUGGUUGCAAAAAUAGUGUAGGUCCUGCAUAAACCACACAUGUAAAAUGUGAAGCAUAACACUGGAGCAGUGAGCUUUUUUGUUCAGUGGAAUGCAGUAUUCUGAGUUCUCCGAAGUCAGGAUGUGGCAGCAUUUUUAAAUCUCUUGCUACUAUAUUUGCAGAAUUUGUAAUGGCAAAACCAUUACCUGUACAUAUAUAAUAUAUAUAUAUAUAUAUAUACAUACAUAUAUAUAUUAGGAUAUUGUUAUAAAGAUAACAAUAUGGGAUGUUGAAGAUUUAAUACUUAAGUUUGAAUGUAGAUUUAUCAUGCACAAUUUUAAAGGAUGUAUGCCACUUAAAUAUACAGUGUAAUUAGUGUUACAACACAUUACGAUGUUCUGAUCAAUUCUGAGCUAUUUCUCUUUUCUCAGUUAAACUAUAUUUAAUCACAUCUGCUGCAUUAACACUAUAAAACAUCUGCUUCAAGCCAAAGACUUUCAAUUACGAGCUUUGCUAAUAUUUGAUUUGCUGUGCACGUAUGUGUGGUGAUAGUUGUACACUGAGAAAUUGAUAUCCAUUAUAAAAUUUAAAAAUAAUUGUACUUCACCAUUAAUGCCCUGCAUUGCAUUGUUCAAGACUUAUUUAAAAAUUAAUGCAGUCAUUCAUUUCUGCUUUACUGUCCUCAUGAUUAAAGUUAUUUCUACUUCUGAAGGAUUUCUUGUAUAUUGCUAUUUUUCCUUGUCUGUUUUCUAAUAGCAUAAGAUCAACUUUGAGCUGAUGGUCUCUGAUCUGAAAGUUAAUAUGCUAAUGACAUUUUGUAUCCAAGGCAGCAUUGUAAUCCAAUUUUAUCAAGUCUAGUUGCAGUUGUGAUAUGUAUGGUGUGGAGUUUUUUUGGAAUUGCCUUUAUCAUAAUAGUGGCAUUUAGUCAGAUUUUAAUCUUUCUGGUAAUUAAGACCACAAAUUAUGGGGCUAAUUCUGUGCAGCAAUUGAUGUAAGUUCUUUGGGUUGCCAUUGCACUUGUAUAUUGUACGGUUAUAAUAUAUUUUUGAAAUUAUUGCUGGACAGCCAAAGCUGUGGUUAGCAAUUGAAGAUUUGAACUUUCCUAGUAAGUUUGAAUCCAAAACAAAGCUCUUUUCUCAAGUUUUCUUGCGAUUCCUCUGCUCAAUAAUUUUUGUUUUGUUCCCUGUAUACUUCUUGCCUCCAAAAGUCUAAAGCUGAAAGUGUUACAUAGUUCUGAUUAUUAGUCCAUUAACUUGAAAGACCUGUAGCCUGAGAAUUCAGAUUUUUGGAUGAAAUUGUUACAUACUACGUCGUAAAGGAUUACCUAUUCCAUACAAUUUUCCACCUAGAAAUGGUCAAACAUUUCAUUAAACAUUUAUGUUUAAGCUCAACACGCACUGGAAUAAUAUAAAUAAAUUUCUUUCAUUUCUUUGAAGCCCAACUUUUUUAUUAAAUGGGCAAAGUGGUUCUCUUUAAUUCUUUUGCGGCUGAAUAUAAUACGCGAUCAGUUCCUAAAAGACUUGUACUUUAACAUAAAGCAUGCUUAAUAUGAUAAUGUGCUACUUUGGGGAUAAUGUAAAUGUACUAUUUUGUUGAUUUGCUUUUCAAGAAUUUUGUGGCAGUAAGUAGGAUAUGUCGUCUAUAAAAAUGCAGGUAGCUAAAUGUUGCAUUUGUUUUGAAAACAUGAGACAAUAAAUCAUUCAAACUUU